UGUGUUAUAUAAUUUAUAAUUAUUAAUAAAUUUAAGUGCGUAAAUAUAUCUAUUUAUCUCCUGGAUAGGUUUCUUGAUUUUUGGUUUGAAAAGAUAAAAAUUUAGGUUUUUUUUUUUUAAGAUUACUAGAUCAGAAAACAUGGUUGAAACGCGGCGGAGCUCUUCUACCUCUAAGCGAGCCCUUUCUUCUCCGUCAUCUUCUCUGCCCAAAGGAAAACGAUCCAAGGCUGCGGAGGCGUCUUCUUCUUCGACGAGCGAUUCACGCGCUUCGGAAGAAGUCGUUGGGGCGGUGGCGGCGAAAGAAUUGGAGGCUGGAUCGGCUGAUCUGGCUAACGGCGGCGGAGAGAAGCAGUCGGAUGAUGUGGCGGCGGAGGUAGCGCCGGAGACGGUGGCCCCAGGUGAUUCUGCUAUUGAUGUGGAGAAAGGGAAGCCCGGUGGGCCGUCCGUGAAUCGGGGAAAAAAACGGCAACUGAAAUCCAAUGCUGGUGCUGCGUGGGGGAAACUUCUCUCCCAGUGUUCACAGAAUCCUCAUGUGGUCAUGGAACGUCCUACCUUCACUGUUGGUCAAGGCCGCCAAUGUGACUUGUGGGUGAGAGAUCCAACAGUUAGUAAAUCCUUGUGCAAUCUAAAGCAUAUGGAGUCAGAGGGAGGAGAGUCACUUACGCUGCUUGAAAUUACUGGGAAAAAAGGAGCUGUCCAAGUGAAUGGAAAGAUUUACUCCAAAGAUUCCACUGUUCCUCUAAAUGGAGGUGAUGAAGUGGUUUUCAGCUCGACUGGUAAACAUGCUUAUAUUUUCCAACAACUCACCAGCAUGAAUGCUUCUGAAACGGGUGUGCCACCUUCAGUCAGCAUAUUAGAAGCUCAUGGGGGAUCCAUAAAAGGAUUACACAUUGAGGCAAGAUCAGGAGAACCUUCUGCUGUUUCCGUUGCAUCGACACUGGCAUCAUUAUCAGAUAACCAUGAUGAAUUAUCUGUUCUUCCUCCAUCGUGUCAGGAUGACGAAGAUGCGCAGCAUGGUCCUGAAAUACCAGCAUUACCUUCUGCUUGUGAAGUGUCAGACAAUUGUGUGGACACUGAAAUGAAAGAUGCUUCUGACCAUGGUGAUGGCGCCACUGUACCAGUUGUUGAGAAGACUGCUGCUCCAUCUCCUAAUGCUGCCAACGAAAAUUUGAAUGUUGAUGCUGAGAAUGGGAAGAUUCUAGCUGAAAACAAUGACUUGAGACCGUUUUUGCAGAUUCUAGCAGGCUCAGUUGCUCCUGCAUUGGAUAUAAGUGGCAGUAUAUCUAGGAUACUUGAUGAGCAUAGGGCAAUCAGAGAUCUAGGCAAGGAUUCUCAUCCUACCAUUUCAAUAUCAUCAAGACGACAAGCGUUCAAAGACGGUUUGCGACAAGGAUUACUACAGUGCAAAAACAUCGAGGUUUCAUUUGAGAAUUUUCCAUAUUAUUUAAGUGAGACCACCAAGAAUGUUCUUAUUGCUUCAACAUACAUACAUUUGAAAUGUGAUAAAUUUGCAAAGUAUACUUCGGAUCUCCCUACAGUGUGUCCGCGGAUCUUGUUGUCAGGCCCAGCAGGCUCGGAAAUAUACCAGGAAACAUUGGCCAAGGCUCUAGCUAAACAUUUUGGUGUCAGCCUCCUUAUUGUUAAUACUAUUCUAUUACCUGGUGGACCAUCAACAAAAGAAGUUGAUUCUGUAAAAGAAAGUUCCAAGCCAGAGAGAGCAAGUGUGUUUGCUAAACGGUCUGCUGCGGCACUACACCUUAAAAAACCACCCUCUAGUGUAGAGGCUGAUAUUACUGGGUGUUCUAAUGUGAACUCUCAGGUCCAACCUAAGCAGGAAGCAUCUACUGCCUCGUCAAAAAACUAUACUUUCAAAAAAGGAGACAGAGUGAAAUAUGUGGGUUCUUUACCAUCAGGGUUUUCUCCUACUCAAACUCCGAUAAGGGGUCCAACUUAUGGUUACAGAGGCAAGGUGGUACUUGCUUUUGAGGAAAAUGGCUCUUCUAAAAUUGGGGUUAGAUUUGAUAGAGCAAUUCCAGAAGGUAAUGAUCUCGGGGGCCUCUGUGAAGAAGAUCAUGGUUUCUUUUGUGCAGCUGACUUACUCCGCCUUGAUAGUUCCAGCACUGAUGACAUUGAAAAGCUCGCCAUUAAUGAACUCUUUGAGGUUGCUUCUGAAGAAAGUAAAAGUGCUCCGUUAAUCUUGUUUUUGAAAGACAUAGAGAAAUGCUUGGUUGGGAAUCCUGAGGCAUAUGCGGCCUUUAAAAUUAAGCUUGAAACUUUGCCAGAAAAUGUUGUUGUAAUUGCGUCACAUACUCAGACAGACAGCCGAAAGGAGAAAUCUCAUCCUGGUGGAUUGCUUUUCACAAAAUUUGGAAGCAACCAAACAGCAUUGCUCGACCUUGCCUUCCCGGAUAAUUUUGGUAGGUUGCAUGAUAGAAGUAAAGAAACUCCAAAAACAAUGAAGCAGCUCAGCCGCCUUUUCCCAAACAAAGUAACCAUACAGAUUCCCCAGGACGAAGCAGUACUGGUGGACUGGAAACAAAAAUUGGAUCGUGAUACUGAAACACUGAAAUCACAGUCAAACAUUGGUAGCAUUCGCUCGGUUCUCAAGCGCACUGGCCUCGAUUGUCCUGAUCUGGAGACUUUAUGCAUUAAGGACCAAGCUUUGACUAAUGAAAGUGUUGAAAAAAUUAUUGGCUGGGCUUUAAGCCAUCACUUUAUGCAUUCCUCUGAAGCUUCAUCCCAGGAGUUGAAACUUGUCAUUUCAAGUGAAAGUAUCAGCUAUGGGCUCAACAUUCUGCAAAGCAUUCAAAACGAAAAUAAGAGUGUGAAGAAAUCCCUGAAGGAUGUGGUUACUGAAAAUGAAUUUGAGAAAAAACUCCUUGCUGAGGUUGUUCCACCGGGUGAUAUUGGAGUUACGUUUGAUGACAUCGGAUCAUUGGAAAAUGUGAAGGAAACCUUGAAGGAAUUGGUGAUGCUUCCUCUGCAAAGGCCAGAAUUAUUCAGCAAAGGACAACUGACGAAGCCUUGUAAGGGAAUACUGCUCUUUGGACCUCCCGGUACUGGUAAAACUAUGCUUGCUAAAGCUGUUGCAACUGAAGCUGGUGCAAACUUUAUCAACAUAUCUAUGUCGAGCAUUACAUCUAAAUGGUUUGGUGAAGGAGAGAAAUAUGUAAAAGCAGUAUUCUCUUUGGCUAGCAAAAUUGCCCCAAGUGUCGUGUUUGUUGAUGAGGUUGACAGCAUGUUAGGGAGACGGGAAAAUCCUGGAGAACAUGAAGCAAUGCGCAAAAUGAAAAAUGAAUUUAUGGUGAACUGGGAUGGCUUGCGUACAAAGGAUAAGGAACGUGUACUAGUCCUUGCAGCCACAAAUAGACCUUUUGAUCUUGAUGAGGCUGUAAUCAGGAGGCUUCCGCGGAGACUGAUGGUCAACUUGCCAGAUGCUCAAAAUAGGGAAAAAAUUUUAAAGGUGAUAUUAGCUAAGGAAGAAUUGGCUGCAAAUGUGGAUCUUGAAGCAGUUGCUAGCAUGACGGAAGGGUAUUCGGGAAGUGAUCUGAAGAAUCUAUGUGUGACAGCUGCACAUUGCCCCAUAAGAGAAAUUUUGGAGAAGGAGAAGAAGGAGAAAGCUUUGGCAAUGGCAGAGAAUAGGCAAUUGCCUGCAUUGCAUAGCAGUGCAGAUGUUCGUCCCUUGAGUAUGGAUGACUUUAGAUAUGCACAUGAACAGGUAUGUGCAAGUGUUUCAUCAGAAUCACAGAACAUGAAUGAGCUUCUCCAAUGGAAUGAACUUUAUGGAGAAGGGGGAUCAAGAAAGAAAUCCUCACUAAGCUACUUCAUGUAGAGGGGGGUUUACCAGAGCUGUAUAGUGUUCGAUGUUUAGGCGGUUCUCUUUUUGUUAUUCGGUCUUGAGAUAUGGUUGGGAACCUGUGAUCGCGGAAUCCAAUUUCAGGUUCCUCUCUAUUGGAGAUCUCUUUUGUGAACCUGGCACUUCUGUACCAUAAUUAUUUUAUGGGUACUUCACCAGAUAAAAAUGUUGAUCAAGCUUAUCCACUAAUUUUUGGCGGCUUCACUCUGUCAUCUGUAUAUUCAAAUCUAACUCGCUAAUCUAUUUAUCUUUCUGCUU